GGCGUGGCCUCGCUUAUGGACGUGGCCUCCCUUCUAAACGUGGCUCGGUUUGGGGGCGUGCCCUCAGUUGGGGCGUGGCCUCGAGCGGGGAGGGGAGCAGCCGUGGCCCCGCCCCUGAGCCUCGCGGUUGAGGCUCGGCCAAGGCUCGGCGCCGCUCAGCUCCGCUCGGCGUGGGGCGUGGCCUGGCCUGGCCUGGGGCGAGUUACCAGAAUCCAAAUGGCUUUCUUGAAUAGGCAAUUUGGUUUAUCCUUAACCCAUCUAAGCAGCAAAGUGACCCAGCGACACUUCAGUGUCACUGGAACAUGUGGAGCAAUUCAGAAACUCACCCGUGUGCGAGUGGUGGACAACAGCACCUUGGGGAACACACCGUACCACCGGCCACCAAAAUGUAUCCACGUGUAUAACAAGAGUGGAGUUGGCAAAGUAGGAGAUACAAUCCUGCUGGCUAUCAAAGGAGAAAAGAAGAAGGCUUUGAUCGUAGGGCAGAAAAUGCCUGGCCCCACCAUGACACCUAAAUUUGAUUCCAACAAUGUGGUACUCAUAGAAGAUAAUGGAAAUCCAGUAGGGACUAGAAUAAAAACACCAAUACCCUAUAUCCUGCGACAGAGAGAAGGACAGUUUUCCAAAGUAUUGGCCAUUGCCCGCAACUUUGUGUGAAGGCUGAGAAAGGUUUCUGACAAUCCCAUUUAUAUCCUUUCAUACAGUAGUAGGAAAUGGUGAAACAUGAAAAAGUUGAGGUUCAUCAAGUCUCUCUUCCUGUUUAAGAAUUACAAAGAACUAGUUUAAAUAUUGAAAUACAUUGUUUUUCUCCAAAAUAGAAGUUCUGUGAAACAAAUCAACCCUGCAGUGUGUUGAGGAAAUGGUCCUUCACUCUUACUGCUCCAGUGGCGUUCAUUUGGUCUCUAAUCAUUAAAAUGAGAAUGUGAAAAUC